AUGCGUUACAGUGUUCGGGUCACGGAGACUGCACCACGACCGCUAUUUGUGUCUGCUUCGCUGGCUGGACGGGAUUGGCAUGUGAUACGCGCUCUUCGAAAAUCGUGGCCAACCGCGUACCAUUGUGAAUGUUCCAUCAAUAGCUGUAGGAAAAACUUUGGAUACUGCCACUUUGCUCGGGAUUCUUUUGAUUGUUGGCGUUGUUCUUCUGCUGCUCCUCGUCUGCCUACUCUUCUGCUAUCGUCGCCGAUUCCCACGCCUUCCGAUGAAAAGCUUGAUGACAGUAUACCAGAUCGAACACAAAGAUCCAUAAAAUUUGGAAGCAUGCCGAGUUGGAGAGAUGAAAAACGGAAACGGAAGAGUAAUAAACAUGUCUAUGGUGCGCUGAAUCGUAUCACUGAGGCUGACGAAAGGGAUUCCGCAAGUGUCAAGUCUCGUGAAAGUGGAAGCCAGAAUGCUGGUAGUCAAUUGCUCUUCGAACCACAUCAAAUGAUCACAUGA